CCAUGGCCGCCUCCCCCACUCUUCACACACAUAGGCCGAGGCUAUGGCGGACUACGAGGCCUUGCUCCGAUGUCCAAAGGACAACGCAGAGCAGCUAUGGCUGCCCCAGCUCAGGCCGCCAUGCCCAGCCCUCCCUUGAAGCUUCGUGGUGUAGCUCCCCCCGGCUGGGGACUCCUUGCAGCAGCGCCCACCAAGGUGAUGAAGAAGGCUGCCACCAUAGCCAGACUAGAUUUCAUGCAGAACUCUUUGGACCAGAUCUUGGACCUUUUGCAAAGGCCAGGAUUCCGGCCAGCAGCACAGUCGCCGUUGCCGUUAACGACGAUGUCAGACCCCUUUAUGGAACAAGCUGGCACACAGCCAAGUGGUACGUCUGCAACAGCCGCACAAAACGUUGCUUCUUCUUCUUCUGGGUCAGCGGUGGUUGCUACACCAUCACCGCAACAACCUGUUCCUCAACAGGGACAGCAGCAAGGUCAAUGGUACCCAAAGACCCCUAUGAAACCGCCCCUUGCCUUCUCCGGAGAGAAGAAGGAUAAGGAACUCAACACAUGGUUGAGAACGGUUCCAAUGUGGGUAAAGGCAAAGAGGACUUUGCAGGAGGAGGAGGUGAUUACUGCUGCAUCUUACCUUGAGGGUAAGGCAGCCAAAUGGCUAGAUGGAUUAGUAGCAAAGGCCGGGUACGGACGAAUGGCAGACUGGGCUAAGACCCUUACGUUAGAACGGUUCUUGGAAAUGAUAGAAGAUCGCUGGCACAAUCCACAACAGACACAAAUUGCCACUGAUGCGAUGCAUAGACUAGACCAACGAAAGUUCAAGUCAGUUAGAGAGCUAACAACUACCGUAGAGAGCCUUAUCGUAGUUCUCGGCAUACACUACGAUGACCAGGUCUUAUUGACCAUGUUUGUGAGAUGUCUCCCAGAGAAUCUCAGGAACUUAAUAGCCAGUGAGGCUCGCCUCGAGUAUCACUCGUUUGAGACAUUAUCUAGAAAAGCCUUAGACUUAGAGGCUACUCUAGGAAGUGCUCAACCUACUCAAGUCGACACAAGGAAGAAGAAGAGUCCACAGGAAUGGAAGAAGAAGGGGAGCAAAUUGAUGAUGGUUGAGUCCGAUGGGACUCAAACUGAGAUCGAAGAGCUCACAGACCUGUUGGACUAUUCAGAGUACGACGGCGAGGAAAUCGCUAAGGGUAGCACCCUCACCGCAGUUGUAAAGACUAAGGUGAAGCGAAAUACAUGGCUUACUCUGGUGCUGGAUGUUCCAGAUAUACUGUCCGGUUGUUUUCGAGGUUCAGUUUUGAGAUGUGUGGAUGUUGUUGUACUUGGGUCUGUCUUCAAGUUGCGGAAGAUUUUCACUCUGCGUUGCCGGCCAUUGGAUCUUGCGGCAUUUGAUGGUGAUGGUCGGAAGAAGACCAAAGCAAACGGGAUGAUUGGAGAGCCAAUUCCGCAGGAACACUCAUUUGCUACAGGGGUGGAGUCCUUCAUGCAAAUUUUGGACAUGAGUUGUCUGAACGAGGCCCUGAACAUAAGGGCAGGAAGCAUGACUGAGGCAAACGUGUCGAGCAAAACUAAAGUUGAUGCAAAUGGUAGCAGGCUCUUCUCAUCUGCAAAGGCUGGUUCCGAUGGGCCAGUGCAGGUGGGCCAAAAUGGCAAUGCGAAAGUGCAAUCGGCAGGUGAUGAUGUGCAAACUGUGGAGAAAGGAAUGGCAGUGCCACCACACCGCAAUGGCCGAGGGAGAGUGGUGCAAAAUGACAGAUUGAGUGUUGAUGAAAGCGUGGAUGAGCAGAUUUCCAUGGGACACAAAGGAGGGGAUGUCUACCUCCCAACAAUGGGAGAGAGGAAUGGGAGUGGUAACCAGACAGGGCUGAUGGACCAGGAGGGGAGAAGUAGAUUGAAAUCACGAGGAAGAUCAGUGAUGAAUGAAGCGCUUUCUCGGAAGCCUGUGGAUGCGAAGGCCUUAGGAGGAAGGUAUAGAGAGAGGAAGCAGGAGUCCAUUGACACCAUGCAUCGCCAGGACUCCUGCAUGUCCAGCCCAGAGAAGCAAUCUGGUUUUGUCACUGAUAAGAAAGUUGUCGAUAAUGGUCUAUUGAGUCUGCCUUUGAAGUCGUCUGUCUCUUUGGAAUCAAGGAGGCAAGUGACACCGAGAAGCAAGCGGGCAAGCCACCUGAAUUGCGGUGAGCAUGUGGCUGUAGAGGAUUUUUCAUGGAAGGGUUCACUUGUGAAUAAAUUGAAAAGCAAGCGUGUUUAUUGCCAGUCAGUGCACAUGGAUGCUCCACACUCAGAUUUUUCAGACAGAGACUCUGACAGCAACUCUAACCAUGAUCUUUUCCUAGAGGAGCAUCACAAACGGCUGAUGCAGGCAACUACCCCUUCAGGUGGGAAGUAUAGUGGGGUUGAGGUUCCAAGUGCCUGUGAUCCUCUCCGGACAGUAAAGGAGUCCGAAGUAAAGGUCGAAUGGUUGCACCAGUCUGAUAGCAUUGACAUGAAAAGCAAAGAAAGGGAGGAUCAAAUCAGGAGCAAAAGUUGUGGCAGGAUGAUAGAUUGGCGGUCUGGAAGCGUCACUGAUGUUGACUGUACAGUAACUACUAAGGACUUGCUCCGUGUCAGAGGGGGUAGGCAUGAAACAUGCCGUGAAGGCUCUCCACGAGGCCUCUUUUCAAGCUUGUAUUCGACAAAGGAAGGACAGGGAAAACUAAGGAAUGGCUUAAUGCCUGAUGGAUUAGGUAGAAGGCGGGCUUCUGUCUCAUCCCCGUCACCAUGUGCGCAAUCCAGUCACACUGUGGUCAAGGCCAGAUCAGCUAGCAGUACAAGAGCUAGCAGUCAAAAUGAUGACUCUGGGAACAGUGGCAGGUGCAGACGAUGCUCCCUUUAUGAAAUGGAAAGCGCAGAUGAUUGUGGUGGAAGGGGAAGCGCAGUACUGCGAAGCACUCGAAGUCCUCCAGGGGAUAAGCUGCAAUGUUCACGAAAAAGCCCUGUGGCUGAGUCUAUCAAAAUUUCCACACCAAACAGGAUGCAGUCACCAUGGAGGGGGGCUGGAAGGCCAAACACGAAAGUGAUGGGAAAUGGAGUUAGAACUGGCAAGUCCCUUGACUCUGGGAGUUCAUAUAGUGGUAGGAGCUCUCCUGUAUGUGAACUUGAAUCUGCACCACUUCAAGCAGCCGACAUAAUCAAUGGGAUAGGCAAAACAAGACACAGUUGCUUAUCCCAAAGGUCACACCCCAAUGCCUCAAGUAGCUCUGUGAUUGAGCAGAGUGUGCCAAUCCCAGAGGGCAGACAAAGUCCAGCCGGCCUGCCUAUUCCAAGUAAGAGAUCCGAUGAUCCAACUAUUAGACUGCAAACGACAAGCAGGAAGGCAACACCCUCAAUAUCAAGGAGCUUGUCGAAACGGUCCAUCAGUACUGAAGAAAAUGUCACAAAGGUAGGUGUUAGGAAGAAUAGUGACCUCGGUUUGUCAAGAAGUCGCUCUGCAAUUUCAACCAGGAUGCGGAGGUCCUGUGACCUCGGGUCAGUUGGAAGAAUGAAGGAGAGCAUUCGAGAUGGCCAAAUGUACGCCAGGAAAUCCCAUGCUCAGCUGCCUCUUGAGAAGAGAGAGGUUGGGGUACAUGACAAAAAGGCAAUCAUGGAGUGCUCAACUACACCUCAAAAUGGUGCUCUGCAGUCAGGAAAAGUGUCUGCACUGGAACAGAAGAAGGAAAUCAAAGCUGGCUCAGUAAUGCGACAGUCACGUAAUGGUACUGCAGAGCUUUUCCGUGGGAGUGGAAGUAAGUCAGGAAGUCCUCACAAAAUGACUGGUUGCAGUGAUGAAGUGAAUCUUUCAGUACUGAAAGCCAAACGGAGGCCAGGUGGUGUCCAAGCUAGAGUGAUGGAUACACGUCAAAAAACCAUGCAUGAAGAAUUCAAGGUUGUGGAAUGGCAAGGUAAAUGCUCAUCUGACUGUGAUAUAGCAGAAGAAGAUGGACUACGCUGUUCCUUUUCACCCAAUGCAUGCAGUGCGGAUGUGCAUCAGAGUGGAACACCUCCAAAGACUCCUCCUGACCUUUUGAGCCGAGUAAGUAGGUCAUAUUCUACCAGAGUUAUCAUAAGAGGGGAGAUGGACAGUGCCUCAGUUCACCGUUUGCCACUGGAACGUAGCCACAAUGCGGAGGUGAUCAUGGCAGAUCAAGGCAGGCUUAGUUACACCGAUAGGAGAAGAUAUUUGAACAUGUCCGGCACACCAGGGGUGAAGUCGUCAGAGACCUGGGAUGGCUGUAAAAGUUUGGAUAGUGAUGAUGAAUUCGACCAGGGCAGCCCCAUUUUUCAGGAGACUCAUGCUUCAGAAACAGCCACAAUGAAUCGCCAAUGGAAGUCACUGAGCUUGGACGGUUGCAAAGAAGGGGCGCACUGUCGGCGGGACUGCUUGGCCGAUGAAGACCUACGCCAUGUGAACAAGGUAGCUGAUCCAUUUUUGCCCUUUGUCGUCACCACGGACGCGAGUCAGUAUGGGAUAGGCGCCGUGUUGCAGCAAGAUGACGGCAAUGGCUACAAACCUGUAGAGUUCAUGUCAGCGAGGAUGCCCUCAGAGAAGGUUGCUACCUCCACGUACGAGAAAGAACUCUACGCUCUCAGGCAGGCCCUAGAGCACUGGAAACAUUACCUGCUUGGGAGGGACUUCAAAGUGUAUUCUGACCAUGAGACACUUAGAUGGUUAAAGACUCAGUCCAAGAUGACACCUAAGUUGACUAGGUGGGCCGCAGAGAUAGACCAAUAUGACUUUGAGCUCAAGUCGGUAAAGGGCAAAUUUAAUGUAGUUGCGGAUGCUCUGAGUAGAAGAGCAGACUACUUUGGAGCUAUAGUACACUAUCAGGAUAUAGGGAGAGACCUGCAGGAGAAAGUGAGGCAAGCGUAUGCGCAGGACCCUAUCUAUAGUGCCCUCCUAGAGAGAGUUAGAGAGGCCCCAGAGAUCGAGCCAGAUUACCACACUAUAGAGGGAUUACUGUUUGAGAAGACUAAUGUAUUUGGGCGCCUGUGCGUUCCCAACAGCGAAGAGAUCCGCAGUCUGAUCCCAGGGGAAUGCCACGAUACUGAGGGACAUUUUGGUUGGAAAAAGACUCUAGCCAAUCUAAUGCAUGUGUAUACCUGGCCAGGGAUGAAGAAUGACUGCAUAGAGUAUGUUCGCAGUUGUAAAGUUUGCAAGAGGAACAAGACCACUACGCGUGCCCCUCAAAAUCUUCUCAGACCCCUGCCUAUUCCUGAUCAGCCGGGAGACUUAGUGUCCAUAGACUUCAUGGGCACCCAAGUCAAGAGCAGACAUGGUAAGAGCCAAGUCAUGGUCAUAGUUGACCGAUUUAGCAAGUAUGCAGUUUUUGUUCCUUCGCCUGCAGAGGCACGUACAGACUUAGUUAUACGGAAGUUCUUUGAUUCUUGGAUUUUGCCUGUCGCUAAGCACAAGUACAUCGGUGCCCUGUUCCUGAACUCAAAGGGCGGAUGCCAGACCUGGUUGACCCACCUGGCAACCUCCCACGGCGUCGAUGUACCGGACCUCAAGGACAAGAUCAUAUGGGAAGAACUGACACGGUUGAGGAAGAAUCGGUUCAUCGUCGACGACGCGCCAGCACUCGCCAUCAACCGACUGUUCACCAUGUCACAGGGCAACACAGCAACACGGGACUGGCUCACGGAGUGGCAGAAGAUUGCGGCUGUGCCCAAUCUGAACUUACCAUUUGAGCAUCUACGCCGUGAGUUCUACAACAGGUCCUGUGCUGCAUGGAGCCAGGCUCUUGGUGAUCGCGAGCAGUACUCAACCUUCGCGGAGAUCAUUGACAAAGCGAGGGAGAUCAUCGAGACCAACAGGUCAGCUGCACACGAGAAAUCAACAUCAUGGCAGCCGACCUAUGUGGAGAAGGUACGAACUGGUCCGCGACAGCAGCACUUCGCUGCAGUCCAGCAGGACAAUGGAGAUAACCCAGCAGCCAGUCCAGCAUCAAGUGACGGAGAUCAGGUGGCUGUUGUCCAGCCGCGAAGCACCAACAAGUCCCGCAACAAUGGGAAGGCGAAAUCCGCAUUGCAGGCCGGAAAUGGACAGCCAGGACAGUUUCCAUGGGUCAAGUUUGGUUUGACCGAGGCGGAGUACAAGCUCGGGAAACUGAGCUCCACGGAAGGUGAGGCGACUCCACCUUCUACUCCACCAGAUUCGGCCGCCUUGCUAGCGGCCUCUUGCACAUCUGGGGAGGAUGCGAAUGUCGCAAGUCCUCGGUAUACUUACGAGGAUUAUGCUGUCCACUUGGUUCCACCGCUGGACCAACCGCUCCACGUGCAACAAUCUACCGCAUGCACGGUUUCAUCACCAUCGGCAACCGAUUCGGCAGCUUCGCCGCCAUCUAUCGCCGGGGAUUCAUCGUCGUGGUCAAGACUCGAGGUGCUCGACCCACUGACGUUCACGGACUUCCAGUGGAUGCCCGUUCCCCCGACCGGACGAUUGCCGAAACCGCAUUGCAAUGUGCUCAUGGCACGAUUGCGGGAUUACUUGCACACUGCAGUACCGACUCGGUUGAUGGACGCCGGAGAAGAGGUUGUCGACCUUCACGUCUACAUUGCGAAGAUCGGCUGCGAGUUCAAGACGCAACGGUACGACGACAUCGACGCACCAUUGCUAUAUGUACGCAUUCAGAUCGGAGAAGCGACCUGCAACGUUUUGAUCGAUUGCGGAGCAUCUCGCAACUACAUCAGCCAGGACUUCAUGGUGCGAGCCGGCGUUGGCCCACGGGUCCGGAGGAAGUCCCAGCCUAUGCAAGUCACGUUGGCGGACGGUCACACGCACAAGUCAAUCGACCGGUGCAUUGACAACGUCCCAGUGUACUUUGCCCCUCACGCAAGUGAGGCGGUGUCCUUUGACAUUCUGGACACCAAAUUCGACAUGAUCUUGGGCAGGUCAUGGCUGCGAAGCAAGGAUCACCCGGUGAACUUCUUCAACCACACCGUUCACGUUCGUGAUCGGAACGGAGUAUUAGUUCCAUGCACGGUGCCUCUUCCUCAUCCUUCGAUCAGCUGCCACAUGGUAUCCGCCGCAAGCAUGCGAGCCUCCAUCAUCAGAGACAACAUCGAGGAGAUGGGGGUGUGUUUUCUCCACGCCCUCCCGCCCCAUGACGCUUCAUCGACGGACUCAUCUGCGGAUCCACGCAUCAUCGAACUUCUCGACGCCUACAGCGACGUGUUCGAAGGCCCGCACGGAGUAGUACCGGAUCGACCCAUCCGCCACGAGAUCAUCCUCGAGGACGGGGCCGUACCUCCACGCGGUUGCAUCUACCGAAUGAGCGAGGAAGAGUUAAGUGUGCUUCGGGCACAACUCGACGACGUUCUGGAGAAAGGCUGGAUUCGGCCUAGCUCAUCGCCAUACGGUGCUCCUGUUCUCUUCGUCUGGAAGAAGAACAAGGACCUGCGGUUGUGCAUCGAUUAUCGCAAGCUCAACGCGCAGACGAUUGGGAACGCCGGCCCUCUCCCACGCAUCGAUGAUCUUCUCGAGCGAUUGUGCGGCGCCCAGUUCUUCUCCAAGCUGGAUCUCAAGUCAGGGUACCACCAACUAGAGAUUCGCAAGGAGGAUCGCUACAAGACCGCGUUCAAGACACGGUAUGGGCAUAUCGAAUGGCUGGUUAUGCCAUUUGGCCUUACGGAUGCCCCGACCACUUUCCAAGCGGCUAUGACAACGGAGUUCCGACACAUGCUGAAUCUGUACGUACUUAUCUAUCUCGACGACAUCCUGGUGUACAGCCGGAGUUUGGAGGAGCAUGUGGAACACCUGCGCACCGUUUCGGAGCGGCUACGACAGGCCAAGUACAAAGCCAACCGCGACAAGUGUGAAUUUGCGCGGCAGGAGCUGGAGUACUUGGGCCAUUAUGUGACGCCGCAAGGGAUCCGUCCGCUUGCAGACAAGAUCGAGGCCCUACGAGUAUGGCCCAAGCCCACCAACACCACGGACGGGCUACUAUCAGCGAUUCAUCACUGGAUACUCCAGGAUUGCUGCACCUAUGACGAGGUUACAGUCGCCAAAGAGAGACGGCUUAGGGCUGAAGCUAUAGCCCGUGCUCGAGCAGUGAGCGUGAGGACAACAGCAACUGUUGCACAAGAGUUAGCAGCAGCUAACGCAGCAGCAAGGCAAGCUGCGGCAGCAGCAAUGGCUUUCGCGGCAGCAACCAAUGGUGCCACCUCGUCUGCCACUYAGUUGGGCAUGCCCACUGGGUCCGCGGGUAAUUCCAGUGUCGCAGGUUCUAGUCACUCCACCAGUCAAAUGGCGGGCUCGCAGUUAAGCCCAAUGACCCCACGCCAGCGGGAGUUGAGGGAACUCCAGCAAGUUGAAAGGAUUCGCACUAGGUUAGAGAGGGAACUAAAGGAAGCUGCUGAUAGAGAAAAGGAGAUUAGAGAUAGGACAGUCAGAUUGGAAACGGUAGAGGCCGACAAAACUGCACUAGAGGCAAUGGAUGAGUCAACAAUGAACGACCAUGUAAGAGUGUUGAGGUCUAGCUUGCUGCCGUUGCAUGCACAUGUAGACAGUAGGAUGGACUUCAUGCAGGACACUCUGGAUCAGAUAUUGGCUCAGUUGCAGCAGCUAGGACCAAGGCUGCCASCAGUUGCAAGAUCGCCGCUCCCUAUGUCCGCGAUGAUAGGCACCUACCCCCAUGCUGGCACACAACCAAGCGGUUCGUCAGCAGCAGCACCUCAGACUGUUGCUUCUACUUCUUCCGGUCCUGCGGUGGCAGCCACUCCACCACCGCAACAGCAACCUGUUCCACCACAGGGACAGCAGCAAGGCCCAUGGUACCCAAAGACCCCAAUGAAACCACCUGUCGCCUUCUCUGGUGAGAAGAAGGACGAGGAACUCAACACAUGGUUGAGAACGGUUCCAAUGUGGGUAAGGGCAAAGAGGACUUUGCAAGAGGAGGAAGUGAAAACUGCUGCAUCUUAUCUUGAGGGUAAGGCAGCCAAAUGGCUAGACGGGAUUAUAGCGAAAGCUGGGUUUGGAAGACGCAUGGCAGAUUGGGCUAAGACCAUGACGUUAGAUGAGUUCAUAGACAUGGCAGAAGCUCGUUGGCAUAAUCCGCAGCAGGCACAGAUUGCCACUGACGCCAUAAUAAGACUACACCAGCGACGGUACAAGUCCAUUAGGGAGCUUACGACUACCGUGGAGAAUCUCAUCGUAGUCCCAGGCAUUCGCUAUGAUGACCAGGUCUUAUUGACCAUGUUCGUGAGAUGUCUCCCAGAGAAUCUCAGAACACAGUUGGCCAGCGGGGCACACCUCGAGUAUCACACUUUUGAGUCCUUCUCUAGAAAGGCCCUAGAUUUAGAGGCUACUCUAGGAAGUGCUCAACCUACUACUCCAGUAGACGGGAGGAAGAAGAAGAGUCCACAGGAAUGGAAGAAGAAGGGGAGUAAAUUGAUGAUGGUUGAGUCCGAUGGAACUCAAAUUGAGAUCGAGGAACUCACAUACCUGUUGGACAGUUCAGAGUACGACGGUGAGGAGAUCGCUGAGGGUAGCACCCUCGCCGCAGUAGUAAAGACUAAGGCAGGUCGCCGAGGGAAGGGCCAUCAAAAGAGUCAAGGGCAGGCCGCCUCCAAUCAGACCAAAGUUGCUGAUUGGGUCAAGGCAGGUCUUGAUCAAGAUGUGUGGCGGGACCGAAGAGUGCGUGGUGCUUGCAUCAACUGUGGUGAGUAUGGUCACACCCAGUACAAGUGCAAGAACGCCAAGGUCACGCAGAAGAUACCGCCUAAGUUGCUGGUGGGAGCCUAUCAGGAAGACCCUGUCACGAUGGACAUCAUACUCAAGCUUCAAGCAAAAGACAAGGCCACAGAAGAUGAGUUUGUGAUGGUGGACGGGCUUCUCUUUCUUGAUAAGGCUGGAUUUAAAAGGUUAGUUGUUCCAUCUAGUGAACGUUUGCGUAGUUUAUUCUUAGGAGAAUGUCAUGACGCAACCGGUCACUUUGGCUACAAAAAAGCGAGUGCCAAUCUAGUAAAGCGAUUUUGGUGGUCCGGAAUGCUAGAAGAUGCAAAGAAGUAUGUUGAGACCUGUCAGGUCUGUCAGCGAGAUAAGCCGCGAACUCAAGCACCGCUUGGGUUGCUGAAGCCUUUACCUAUCCCCGCUGGUCCGGGACAGAGUGUUUCCAUGGACUUCAUGGACACCCUGGUGACCAGUAAGAGUGGCAAGAGACACAUCUUUAUCAUCAUAGAUAGAUUCACCAAGUACGCUAGACUAAUUGCCAUGCCAGAGACCGCAAGGACUGAACACGUCAUCAAGUUGUUUCUGGACAAAUGGGUGCGUGAUUUUGGACUACCGAAGUCAAUCGUUAGUGACAGAGAUGUCCGCUUCACAAGUGAGCUGUGGAAGAAGACUGCUGAACAGAUGGGCAAUCAACUUCAGAUGACUUCAGGGAAUCAUCCCAAAGCCAACGGACAGGCCGAGCAAAUGAACAGAGUUGUACAACACCUGCUGAGGCAUUACAUCAAGCCCAAUCCGGAUGAUUGGGAUGAGAAGUUGCCUCUCAUCGCCAGCCUGUACAACAACGCUGUACACAGCAGUACCGACGUUAGUCCUAAUCAGUUGCACUUGGGAUGGAAGCCUAGAUCAGCUUUGGACUUCCUCCUACCUGAAAAUCGACCCUCUGCAACUCCAGGCACACUUGAGUAUGGUGUGCAGUAUGAGAAGUUGCUGCGGCAAGCUGUCGAGCACAUCAAGAAAGCUCAACAAGCAAUGAUUGCUUCUGAGAACAAACAUCGUCGACAGUCCUCAUUUCAGAUCCCGCGCAAGCGACGCACAGCCAUGGCUGCAGCAGCCGGCUACGCUGACAGCAACAUGCCAGGCAGUCCCAAGAGGCCGGUUCCCCCUCCUGUGCCAGUUCAACAGGCAAAUGAAGACGCACUCGCGUUUCUCGAGCGUCUCCAACAGUAUACGGAGACCAAUGCCACCGAACUCCGCACAUGGGAGAAGGAGAAUGCCGCCCGACGGGAAGCCAUGCGACUCCAACAAGAAGCGGAACAGGCAGCGCGUCAGCAGGACGCUGCCGACUCUGCAGCAGCCGCAGGGCUGCAGCAGCAGCAGCUCGAGGCAAGUCAAACUCAGGCUCGGUACCAGGCUGCCAUGAACCUUCUCAACGAAGAAGCCGCAUACGACAGAGUACUCCGACAACAGCACUUCCGAGCAACUGAGGAGCAAGAAGAACCGACCAAGGACGAGAGAAACAGGGAAACUACAGCAGUCUUGAUUGAGAACCUGUUGUACACGUGCAAUUGGCAGCAACGUGAACUGUUGGCUAUGCGGCAGGUCCUCAUCCGCCAUGAAGGCAACUUCAAGGCAAUGGAUCAGAACAUCACUGCCCUGCAGGCCGACACCGGCAUGCUGCAGGCCGCCGACAGCCAACAGCAGGCCAUCAACGACCGACUGCAGGACUCCGUCGAUGCCGGGAUGGCACGACUGUCCGCAGUCGAGUCAACGGCGCUUGAUGAGCGGAUCAAUCACAUCGUCGCAUCCCUUGGCGACAUCAGCAAGUUUGUCGGAACCUCGACAGUCAGCAGUCAAUUGAAGACGCUCAGCGAGCAAGUCCAGCAACGAGCGGCCGCCAAGGAAUGGAAGAUGCCGAACUUCAACAUCGAGAAGUUCGACGAUUACCAUAAGACCAAUCCGCUGCAAUGGUGGAUGGCGUUCAACGCAGAGGCCGACGUACAUCAUACUCCGCCCCUACGGCGGAUGGACGCAUUGUACCUCCAACUUAUAGGCAGGGCGCAAACAUUCAUGACGCACAUGCCCGUCACGCUCGAAUGUACCAACGCCACCCUCCACACGAAGAUCACGUGGGAGGAGUUUGAAAAGAAGUGGAAGACCCGGUUCAUGGUGAACAAUGACAAGCGUCACACCUUGAACAAGAUCUUCCGCAUCUUCCAAGGCCAGCAACCUUCACGGGAAUGGCUGACGGAGUGGCAAAGACUUGUCGCCACCCCGGAGUUGAACCUGCCGUUCAACUCAAUCCGAGGCGAGUUCUUCGCCCGAUCUUGCGACGCCUUGACAGCUGCUUUCGGCAGCGAAUUCGAGUAUAAGAACUUUGACGACAUGAUCGCCAAAACUAGAGAGCUUAUACAAGCUAUGAGGAUGUCUUUCAAGCUCCCGCCGGAGUCAUACCGGAUCGGCCCAUACGCCACGGGAUCACUCUCGAGGACGGUGCCGUACCUCCGCACGGUGCUUCGGGCACAAGUAGACGACCUCUUGGCCAAGGGAUGGAUUCGCCCUAGCUGUUCGCUAUACGGUGCUCCCGUUCUCUUCGUCCGGAAGAAGAACAAGGACCUUCGUUUGUGCAUCGACUAUCGGAAACUUAACGCGCAAACUAUGAAGAACGCCGACCCUCUCCCUCGGAUCGAUGAUCUUCUCGAGCGACUAGGCGGCGCCAAGUACUUCUCGAAGCUUGACCUCAAGUCCGGAUGUCACCAGAUCGAGAUCCAGCCAAGAGAUCGGUACAAGACCACUUUCAAGACGCGGUAUGGGCAUUUUGAGUGGAUCGUCAUGCCUUUCAGUCUCACCAACGCCCAGGCUACUUUCCAAGCGGCUAUGACGACGGAAUUCUACGACUUACACGACCGCACCGUGCUCAUUUACCUCGAUGACAUCUUGGUUUAUAGCUGGACGUUGGACGAGCAUCUCGAGCACCUUCGCGCCGUUUUGGAGCGGCUUCGAAUCGCCAAGUACAAGGCGAACCGCGACAAGUGCGAGUUUGCCCAGCAAGAGCUGGAGUACUUAGGCCAUUACGUUACGCCGCAAGGCAUUCGUUCGCUCGCGGACAAGUCCCCCUUCGUGCCUUUCGAGUUCAGCGACGAAGCCCGGCAUGCGUUUCACAUGCUAAAGACGACUUUGCUUCAAGCUCCCGUCUUAAGCAUCUAUGACCCGACCUUGCCUACCAAAGUGACUACGGACGCUUCCGGUUACGGCAUUGGCGCGGUUGUGGAACAGCAUGACAGCACAGAUUGGCAUGCGGUUGAGUACUUCAGCCAAAAGGUGCCGCCCAUCAACACUCUGGAUGAUGCGAGGAAGAAGGAAAUCCUAGCUUUUGUCACCGUACUUAAGCGUUGGCGUCACUUUCUCCUCGGGCGUCGGCGUUUCAUAUGGGCAAUGGACAACAAUCCGUUGACGUAUUACAAGACACAAGACACGAACCUGCAACAGCACUUCGUAAAUGGCUACAAGUCGGAUCCGGGAUUCUCCACACUCUAUGCGGACUUAUCAUCGGAUCAAUCGCCAGCAAGCAACUAUCGCAUUGUCCACGGCUACUUGCUUCUUCAUACACUAGGCAAGGACUUGUUCUGUGUUCCCCAAGACCGCAUCUUGCGCACUCGCAACCUUGGCGAAUUCCACGAUUCGUGGCUGGUGGGACACCUUGGCGUCGCACGCACACUAGCACGACUCCGCAAGCGAUUUCACUGGCCGGACAUCAUCAGCGACGUCAACCGGUACAUUCAAUCAUGCGCAGUUUGCCACCGGAACAAAGGGCGCCAUCAGCUCCCGUACGGUGAACUGAAACCAUUGCCGAUUCCUCAGACACCGGGUCUCUCCAUUGCUAUGGAUGUGACCGGUCCUUUCCCUCGCGAUCGCCUUGGUCAUGAUGGUAUUCUCACGGUCGUUGACCGUUUGAGCAAGUACGCUCGAUUUCUUCCAUGCAAGUAUCAUGCCACGGCUCCCAAGCUCGCACGACUUUUGCAUACCGGCUGGUUUUGCAGCCACGGCGUUCCGGAAGACAUCGUCAGCGACCGCGACACUCGUUUCAUGUCGGCCUUUUGGACGACACUCCUGGUGGAAUCCGGCACCAGCAUGAAACCGAGUUCUGCACGGCAUCCUCAAACUGAUAGGCAAACUGAACGUGCGCACCAGACUGCGCAGAUGAUGCUUCGCACACUCAUCCGCCCGGGUCAGAAGGACUGGGUUGACCGCCUUCCCGACAUCGAGUUCGCCUACAACACUUCGGUGCACCCGGCGAUUGGCGUGACUCCAUUCGAGUUGCACCAUGGUGGACGGAAAGGACGUAUCUUCGCAAACAUUUUGCUUCCACGGGCUGCCGAUAUAGACGCUGCUUGCUCCCCCGCUUCUACACGGAAGUACAGGGAAUUGCUGGCCAAAGCCCGCACAAACAUGCAAAAGGCUCAGUGCCUGCCUCGACAAGGACAAGGAAAAUGUCAAGCGUCCCGGCUUGGGAAACUGAGCACCGCGGGAAGUGCAGCGACAACAUUUCCCAGUUCGCCGGAGUCGGUUGCCUUGCUAGCAGCCUCUCUCACAUCCGGGGACACUGCGGUAGUCACAAGUUCUCGCGUCAAGUUUGAGAACUAUGUUGUCGAGCUGGUCCCACCGUUGAACCACCCUCUCCACGUGCAAGAUUCAAGCGUAUGCGCGGCAGCUCCGCCGUCGGACAACGAACCGGUUGCUUCGCCAACCCUUUUAUUGGAGGAUCCGUCAACUUGGACGAGACUUGAGGAUCUCGAUCCGUUGACGGUUGAGGACUUCCAAUGGUUGCCUCUUCCCUCCACCGGUUUUUUGCAAACUCCACAUUGCAAUGCCUUAAUGGCACAUCUACGCGAAUACUUGCACGCUGCAGUACCACCUCCGUCGACGGACGGCGGAGUAGUGGUUGUUGACCUUCGUAGCUAUCUUGCGAAGAUCGACCGCGAGUACGCAACGCAACGGUAUGUCGACAACGACGCGCCGCUCCUCUACAUCCGCAUUCAGAUCGGAAAGGCGACCUGCAGUGCCUUGAUCGAUUGUGGAGCGACUCGCAACUACAUCAGCCAAAACUUCAUGGCAUGCGCCGGGCUAGGCCCUCGCGUUCGAAGGAAAAGUCAGCCUACGCACGUCACGUUGGCCGAUGGUCACACGCAAAAGUCAAUCGACCGAUUCAUUGACUCGGUGCCCGUGUACUUUGCCCCGCUAGCAUGCGAGGCCGUGCCUUUCGACAUAUUGGACACCAAGUUCGAUAUGAUCGUAGGCAUGUCGUGGCUGCAAAGCGAAGACCAUGCGGUGAACUUCCAUCGACGCACCGUUCACGUUCGUGAUCGGCGCGGCGAACUAGUCCCCUAUGAGGAUGUCUUUCAAGCUCCCGCCGGAGUCAUACCGGAUCGGCCCAUACGCCACGGGAUCACUCUCGAGGACGGUGUCGUACCUCCACGCGGAUGCAUCUACCGCAUGAGCGAAGAGGAACUUCAAGUGCUUCGGGCACAACUAGACGACCUCUUGGCCAAGGGCGAGAUUCGCCCUAGCUGUUCGCCAUACGCUGCUCCCGUUCUCUUCGUCAGGAAGAAGAAGAAGGACCUUCGUUUGUGCAUGGACUAUCGAAAACUUAACGCGCAAACGAUCAAGAACGUCGACCCUCUCCCUUGGAUCGAUGAUCUUCUCGAGCGACUAGGCGGCGCCAAGUACUUCUCGAAGUUUGACCUCAAGUCAGGAUAUCAUCAGAUUGAGAUCCAGCCAAGAGACCGGUACAAAACCGCGUUCAAGACGCGAUAUGGGCACUUUGAGUGGAUCAUCAUGCGUUUCGGUCUCACCAAUGCCCCGGCUACCUUGCAAGCGGCCAUCGCGACGGAAUUCCGCGAUUUACUCGACAGCACCGUGCUCAUUUACCUCGAUGACAUCUUGGUUUAUAGCCGGACCCUGAACGAGCAUCUCGAGCAUCUUCGCACCGUUUUGGAGCGGCUUCGUAUCGCCAAGUACAAGGCGAACAGCGACAAGUGCGAGUUCGCCCAGCAAGAGCUGGACCACGGCGUUCCGGAAGACAUCGUUAGCGACCGCGACACUUGUUUCAUGUCGGCCUUUUGGACGCCACUCAUGGCGGAAUCCGGCACCAGCAUGAAACCGAGUUUCGCACGGCAUCCUCAAACGGAUGGGCAAACGGAACGUGAGCACCAGACUGCGCAGAUGAUGCUCCGCACGCUCAUCCGCCCGGAUCAGAAGGACUUGGUUGACCGCCUUCCCGACAUCGAGUUCGCCUACAACACUUCGGUGCACCCGGCGAUUGGCGUGACUCCAUUCGAGUUACACCACGGUGCACGGAAAGGACGUAUCUUCGCAGACAUUUUGCUUCCACGGGCUGCCAAUAUAGACGCCGCUUGCUCCCCCGCUUCUACACGGAAGUACAGGGAACUGUUGGCCAAAGCCCGCGCAAACAUGCAAAAGACUCAGGCUGACAAAGCAGAGUUAGAAGGCUUGGAUGAGUCAGCAUUGUCUGACCAAAUGAAAGUACUGAAGAACAAUAUGUUGUCGUUGCAUGCGCACGUGGACAGCAGAUUGGACUUCAUGCAGAGCACUCUUGACCAGAUCCUAGACGUUCUGACAAGGCCAGGAUUUAGGCCUCCAGCACAGUCGUCGUUGCCGUUAACGGCGAUGUCAGGCCCCUUUCCAGUACAAGUUGGCCCACAGCCAAGUGGCACGUCUGCAGCAGCCGCACAGACUGCUGCAUCUUCUUCUUCGGGUCCAGCGGUGGUUGCUACACCACAGCAACAAUCUGUUCCGCAACAGGGACAGCCGCAGGGUCAAUGGUUUCCUAAGACCCCAAUGAAACCGCCUAUUGCCUUCUCAGGCGAGAGAAAGGACGAAGAACUCAACACUUGGUUGAGAACAGUCCCGGUUUGGGUGAAGGCAAAGAGGACCUUGCUGGAGGACGAAGUGGUUACUGCUGCAUCUUACCUUGAGGGUAAGGCAGCCAAAUGGCUAGAUGGUGUAGUUGUGAAGGCCGGGUACGGACGACGUAUGGCGGACUGGGCUAAGUCACUUACGUUAGACCAGUUCAUGAAGAUGGUAGAAACUCGAUGGCAUAAUCCACAGGAGGCACAAAGAGCCACUGAUGCGAUCAAUAGACUAGACCAACGAAAAUUCAAGUCGGUCAGAGAGCUUACGACUACCGUGGAGAGCUUGAUCCUCGUCCCUGGCAUCAACUACAGUGACCAGUUCCUGUUAACUACGUUUGUUAGAUGUCUUCCAGAAAACAUCAGGAACUUAUUGGCCAGCGAGGCCCGCCUCGAGUACCAUUCGUUCGAAACAUUGUCUAGGAAAGCCUUAGAUUUGGAGGCCACUCUAAGCAAUGCUCAACCCUCUCAGAAUGACACGAAGAAGAGGAAGAGUCCGCAGGAGUGGAAGAAGAAAGGGGCCAAGUUGAUGAUGGUCGAGCCCGAUGGGACUCAAACAGAGUUCGAUGAGCUCACCGACCUGCUGGACACUUCAGAGUACGAUGACGAGGAGUUGGCUGAGGGUAGCACCCUCGCCGCAAUAGUUAAGGCUGAGGAUGGUGGCCGAGUGAAGGGCCAACCAAAGAGUCAAGGGAAGGCCGCCUCCAAUCACACCAAAGUGGCUGAUUGGGUGAAGGCAGGUCUUGAUCAAGAAGUGUGGCGGGACCGCCGAGUGCGUGGAACGUUCCAGCACGCUAUGAAUCGGAUUUUCCAUGACCAUUUAGAUGAGUUCGUGCUCUACCUAGACGACAUUCUGAUCUUUAGUAAGUCUGCCGAGGAGCAUGCACAACAUGUCGAAAAGGUACUUUCACUCCUUCAACAACACAAGUAUAAGGUCAACUUAGAGAAGUGUGAAUUCGGUUGCACUAAGAUAUUAUACUUGGGUCAUGAAGUAUUCGCGGAAGGGAUUAGGCCGGAAGAUGCGAAGGUGGCUAGUAUACGCGACUGGCCACGAGCUCAGACAGUCACUGAGGUCAGAUCUUUCUUAGGAAUGUGCGGCUAUUAUAGGAACUUCGUCAAGAACUAUUCUACGGUCGCCUCUCCUUUGGCUGAUCUAACUCGACUUGACACGCCGUGGGACUGGAGUGAUGAGUGCGAGGGUGCUUUCAAGAGAUUGAAGCAUGCACUCAUGAAUCAUGAGGUCCUCAUGGUUCCCGAUCCUCAGAAGCCAUUCAUAGUGACCACUGACGCAAGCCAAUACGGCAUUGGCGCAGUGCUGGCUCAACAGGAUGGGAAAAAGUUGAGACCGAUUGAGUACAUGAGCAAGAAGAUGCCAUCAAAGAAAUUGGCAAAGUCCACCUGCGAAAGGGAACUCUAUGCUCUAUAUAAAGCACUUGUCCAUUGGAGACACUUCCUAUUGGGAAGGUUCUUCUACUUGAGGACUGAUCAUCCGACCCUCAAAUGGAUCAAGACUCAACCGGCUCUUUCUGAUGCACUCAAGCGAUGGAUUGAGGUCAUAGAUCAAUAUGACUUCAAGCUUGAGUAUCUGAAGGGAGAGUACAAUAAGGUUGCAGAUGCGCUAUCACGUAGGGCAGACUACCUACGUGCGCUAGUUUCCGACUUUGGUGUAUCUGAUGAAGUAACUCAAUCGUUGGUGGGAGCCUAUCAGGAAGACCCUGUCACAAUGGAUAUCAUUCGCAAACUUCAGGCAAAAGACAAGGCCACAAAGAGUGAGUUUGUGAUGGUGGACGGGCUUCUCUAUCUUGAUAAGGCCGGAAUAAAAAGAUUAGUAAUUCCAUCUAGUGAACGUUUGCGUAAUUUAUUUCGAGGAGAAUGCCAUGACGCAACCGGGCACUUUGGCUACAAGAAGACGAGUGCUAAUCUAGUACAACGACUUUGGUGGCCUAGAAUGUUAGAUGAUGCAAAGAAGUACGUAGAGACCUGUCAGGUCUGUCAGCGGGACAAGCAGCGAACUCAAGCACCGCUUGGGUUGUUGAGGCCCUUACCUAUCCCCACUCGUCCAGGACAGAGUGUUUCCGUGGAUUUCAUGGACACCCUGGUGACCAGCAAGAGUGGCAAGAGGCACAUAUUUGUCAUCAUCGAUCGAUUCACCAAGUACGCUAGACUAGUUGCAAUGUCAGAGACCGCAAGGACUGACCAUGUCAUCAAGUUGUUCAAGGACAACUGGGUGCGUGGCUUUGGUUUACCAAAGACCAUCGUUAGUGACAGAGAUGUCCGCUUCACAAGUGUGCUAUGGAAGAAGACUGCUGAACAGAUGGGCAGUCGACUUCAGAUGACUUCAGGGAAUCAUCCUGAAGCCAACGGACAAGCCGAACAAAUGAAUAGAGUUGUACAACACUUGCUGAGGCAUUACAUCAAGCCCAACCAGGAUGACUGGGAUGAGCAAUCGCCUCUCAUCGCCAGCCUGUACAACAAUGUUGUACACAGCAGUACCGGCGUUAUUCCUAACCAGCUUCACUUGGGAUGGAAGCCUAGAUCCGCCCUAGACUUCCUCCUACCUGAAAACCGACCCGCUGCAACUCCAGGCACACUCGAAUAUGGUGUGCAGUAUGAGAAGUUGCUGCAAGAAGCUGUCAAGCAUAUGAAGAAAGCUUAGCAAGCAAUGAUUGCUUCUGAGAAUCAACAUCGUAGACAGUC